AUGCCGCGCACGGACGUGAGUGAAUCGCAACUCGCCGCAGUAGAGGUGCAGGUGCGCGACGCCGCCCAAGAACUCGGUCUCAACAACUUGACCAGCCUUGCCCAGAAGCUGGGUGUACGCGUCGUGCACCAAUCUGGCGAGCUGCGUUUUGACACUAUCGCGCUCAGCGCGACCCCAACGUCGCCACCAGCGGAGCCGGAGCCAUCGCCGCCGUCACUGCCACCCUCAUGCGACAACUCAUGCGGCGCGACAACCUGCCUGCAGCUGCGAGGUAUUCUAUCCCUCGUGAGCGGCGAGGUGCAGGUCGUCGCGGCGGACGGCGUGAGCCUCGCGUACCCCGGCACGUACGGCCUCCACGGGUGCGACUCGCACGACAGCGGGCUCGAGCCGUCCUGCAACUCGACCGGCUACCCCGGCUGGUGCGAGCACGAGUGGUGCUACGUCGACCCGACCGCGUGCAACACCGAGUACAGCACGACCGCGUACGUGGUGGGCGCCACCCUGCACUACUCGUACCGUGCGUGCGGCUUCAGCAACGAGUUCGAGAGCUGCCUACCCGACCGGCAUUAG